GCCGGGGGUCAGGGCGCGGAGGGGAGCAGCUGGGGCGCGUCAGCUCCGCUAACUGUCUGGCUCCGCGUGUGCGCGUGCGCAGGAGGGUCCGGCGCGCAGAAAAGAAGCCCAUUUGUUUGUUAUAAAGGACUCCAAAAUUCAGAUGAGGCCUGAGGAUCCCUUUGUCACUGAACAACUGAUGGCAGCUUUGAAGAGAAAAAGCCAGUUACAAGCACCUUGCCGUGGCCGGCGUGGCGGGGGCCCUGCUUUGGGCUUAGAGCAGCCCCGUGUCAGGAACACAGGACCCUGAGAUCCUCGGCCUGGAGAUUGAAGGAUGGUGGUGGUGGUCCUGCUGGGGCUCAGCUGGUUCUGCUCUCCCCUGGGUGCCCUGGUCCUAGACUUCAACGGCAUCAGGAGCUCUGCCGUUGCUGUGCACGGGGCUCGCAAGGGGUCGCAGUGCUUGUCUGACAAAGACUGCAGUCCUGGAAAAUUCUGCCUCAAACCCCAAGAAGAGAAGCCAUUGUGUGCCGCCUGUCGUGGGCUCCGAAGGAGGUGCCAGAGAGAUGCCAUGUGCUGCCCGGGAGCACUCUGCGUGAAUCAUGUCUGUACCAAGAUGGAAGGUGCAGGCCCAGGAUUGGAGAGGGAGACUGAGGACCACGAUGACACCCACACACAAGGAACAACUGACCUCCCGAUUCAGGAGAACAAACCCAGGAGGAAGCCCAACAUUAAGAAAUCCCAAGGAAGUAAGGGAGAAGAGGGAGAAAGCUGUCUCAGAACUUUCGACUGUGGCCCUGGACUUUGCUGUGCUCGUCAUUUUUGGACUAAAAUUUGUAAGCCGGUCCUCUUGGAGGGACAAGUCUGCUCCAGGAGAGGCCAGAAAGACACGGCCCAAGCUCCGGAAAUCUUCCAGCGCUGUGACUGUGGUCCUGGACUGCUCUGUCGAAGCCAAGUGCCUGGUAACAGACAACAUGCUCGGUUAAGAGUGUGCCAAAAAAUAUAA